GCCACGGCGCUGGUGUUGGCGAUCUCUGCGGCUGCAGCUUCCGCGGCGGCGCCUGCUAGGGACCCGGGUUGCGGGCCAAGGCGGGCGGCACGCGGCGGGCAGCGCUGGGAGAUGGUAGGCGUCCCUGGAGCGACCGCCUUCCAGCGAUAUGCUGCUUUACCUGAUGCCAGUGUUCUGAAACAUUUAUUUUCUGGUCAACAAUGAUCUGUCCAAUGCUGAGAGAUGUGAUCAGGUCCCCCAAUGGCUUUGUCUUUAUACUUCGUCUCCCUAGUGUCAGUCCGCAGCCUUGAAUUAGAUUGGUCCUGAGAAAAGGGUGCCAGCAAUGCCUGGAUCGCCUGUGGAAGUGAAGAUACAGUCAAGAUCCUCACCUCCCACCAUGCCACCCCUCCCACCAAUAAAUCCUGGAGGACCGAGGCCAGUGUCCUUUACUCCUACAGCAUUAAGCAAUGGAAUCAACCAUUCUCCUCCAACCCUGAAUGGUGCCCCAUCACCACCACAGAGAUUCAGCAAUGGUCCUGCCUCUUCCACAUCAUCUGCACUAACAAAUCAGCAGUUGCCAGCCACUUGUGGUGCUCGGCAGCUUAGCAAGUUGAAACGUUUUCUCACCACUCUGCAACAGUUUGGCAAUGACAUCUCACCUGAGAUUGGGGAGAAGGUGCGGACUCUUGUUCUAGCACUGGUGAACUCAACUGUGACAAUUGAAGAAUUCCAUUGUAAGCUCCAGGAGGCCACAAACUUUCCUCUUCGUCCUUUUGUGAUUCCAUUUCUCAAGGCCAACCUGCCCCUGCUGCAGCGAGAACUACUGCACUGCGCUAGGGCUGCCAAGCAGACCCCAUCCCAGUACCUGGCUCAGCACGAACACCUUCUGCUCAACACCAGCAUCGCAUCACCUGCUGAUUCUUCCGAACUGCUCAUGGAGGUGCAUGGAAAUGGGAAGAGGCCCAGUCCCGAGAGGAGGGAAGAGAGUAGUUUUGAAAGAGACACAAUUCCUCCUGAGCCUCCUGCCAAGCGAGUGUGUACCAUCAGCCCUGCUCCCCGGCACAGUCCUGCCCUUACUGUGCCCCUCAUGAAUCCUGGGGGCCAGUUCCAUCCUACUCCUCCGCCUCUUCAGCACUACACCUUAGAAGAUAUUGCAACUUCACAUCUGUAUCGGGAACCCAGCAAGUUGCUAGAACAUCGAGAAUUUCGCGAUAGGCAGCAUAAUCUUAGUCUAAAUGGAGGCUAUCAAGAUGAGUUGGUAGAUCACCGUUUGACAGAAAGGGAAUGGGCUGAUGAAUGGAAACAUCUUGAUCAUGCCCUGAAUUGCAUUAUGGAAAUGGUGGAAAAAACACGGCGCUCCAUGGCAGUUCUACGGCGCUGUCAGGAAUCUGAUCGGGAAGAACUCAACUACUGGAAAAGACGAUAUAAUGAAAACACAGACAUGAGGAAAACAGGGACCGAGUUGGUCUCCAGGCAACACAGCCCAGGGAGCACAGAUUCUCUCAGCAAUGAUUCUCAGCGGGAAUUCAACAGUAGGCCAGGCACAGGAUACGUACCUGUGGAGUUCUGGAAGAAAACGGAAGAAGCUGUGAAUAAGGUGAAAAUUCAGGCCAUGUCAGAAGUACAGAAGGCUGUCGCUGAGGCAGAGCAGAAAGCUUUUGAAGUGAUUGCAACAGAGAGAGCUCGAAUGGAGCAAACCAUAGCAGAUGUCAAACGGCAGGCUGCAGAGGAUGCCUUCCUCGUCAUCAAUGAGCAAGAGGAGUCAACGGAGAACUGCUGGAACUGUGGGCGCAAAGCCAGUGAGACCUGCAGUGGCUGCAAUAUUGCACGGUACUGUGGCUCUUUCUGCCAACAUAAGGACUGGGAGCGACACCACCGCCUCUGCGGCCAGAACCUGCACGGUCAGAGUCCCCACAGCCAGAGCCGAUCACUGCUUCCUGGAGGGAGGGGCUCCUCGGCCAGGUCUGCUGACUGCAGUGUGCCCAGCCCAGCCCUGGACAAGACCUCGGCCACCACCUCACGUUCCUCAACACCUGCCUCUGUGACAGCCAUUGACACCAACGGACUCUGAGCCCCAGACUCCACUUGUCCUGGUGACCAGUCGACACAACAGAACACUUGCACCAGGGGAUUGAGUGUUGGAACUGGUGCAAGUAGCUGUUGGCUCAUCAGCAAGAAAUGAAAUGGAGGCGGAAGAGUCAAGCCUGAUAAAUAGCACCCCACAGCCUCUCUAGGCACUUGCCGUCUGUGUCCCUGGUGGAACUUGUGUGCCAUUAUCUCUGCACACAAGCAGCUGGCCUGAGCUGCCUCCUCCACAGCUUUCCUGGUUUGUUUCUCUCCCAACCGAAGCUGGCUUAGCCAGUCCCUUUUCAGUGUAGACCACCAGCUACCCUCCCUGAGUCAGCAGACUGUUGAAUGUACCCAGCCAGGCUGGAGGCAGCUCAGCUUGCCCAUGCACUGUCUCCCAGUCCGUCCACAGUCUUCACGUGGCACAAGCAUGGAGGCUGGAAGCAGGCUGUGGAGGAGGCCCCCCUUGGGCUGGGAGUGUUCCCCUGAACAGCUCCUUGAGCCCCAUUUCCACCUGUAGCAGGUGACACUGAUAGGCCUCAUGGGAACUUGGGUAGGCAAAAAGUGGCACACAGGACUCCCUCCUCAACCCUGCUAUUCAGACUUAAGAUGCUCAGAAACAACAGGAAACAAAUCACCAUUUCAAUAAAAGCACCCAUAAUAAGAAAAAAUAAAUAAAACUGCCACCAAGCAUCACAGAUCAUUUUGGACAAGACUUUCCAACCUGACUCACUAGUUUGGGACCCAUUUUUUCUCUCUCAUUUGAUUUUUCUUGUGCAGAAAAUAGUUUUCAGUGCAUGGAUUGGUCUGAGAGACAGUGAGACUCCAUUGUGGAUAGUCUGUUCUCUCUGAGCAUGUGGGCCAAACUAGUAUGGUCAAAUUAAUGAAUGGAUCAUCUCUUGGAAAUGCAGAACCUUCUGCCACCACUUGGCUGUUUGCACA